AUGCGGAAGCCGUCGUCGUCACUCGUCACUGCCCAUCUUGCCAGUCUGUCACCCAGCGGACGGGAAUAUCUCGAGUCCGCUUUGCCGAUAGGGCCCGAAGCCGGCGACGGUACCACUGAUCAGUCAGCCAUCAAGCAGAUGACUGGAGACUCUGCCCGUCUGCCCCCUUCCCCUUCCAUACAUCCCAAGCCCUUCCAAGCCCUUUCGUCGUGUCAAACCCUUGAUUUCCCUUACCAUAUCUUAGGUAAGAGUGCCCACGACAAGAGGAAUGAAAGGCGCGAUUCCCAUGCCGUAACUCUGAUAAACGGUAGCCAUGAUACGGAGUACCAUUCACUUAACUCGAAAUACGAGACCGUUCGCUCCCCCUGUCAAUAUCUCAAGCUGGCCCUCACAUCGUCCCCCGGAUCCCCCAUCCGAGCCCUCGUUUCCUCCACUGCCGCACGCAACCCAUACAUUUCAAUUAACGGCCCUGGAAGAAGGGAAGACCAGCGCAUUGAGCGCGAACGGUCGUCGAAACGAAGCCCACCACCCAAAAAGUUCGGUUACGGAGGCGACCUACCCAACAAUAGCAGGGAUUCCCACGUCUUGUCACCGUUCCAGGGGGUAUGCCGUCCAAGUUUCCAACGGCAGCAAACUACUCAAGGGGAACUCUAUCACUCUCCGUACCUGAUCAACACAGUUCCAACAAGGCCAGAAAAACUCCAUCACUGGCAGACCUUAAUCUUACCAGCUAAAUCACCCAAAACCGUGAUGUACCUUCCCUCCCCAGUGACUGCUAGCUCUCAAUCACCUGCGGAAAACGCUGGAGCUCUGCCUUUGCAAGGGGGAGCCCUAGAAAAGCUUCGAGAAACCAUGGAGGCGCACUAUAAGACGAACAAGAAGCGUUCGCGCAAAAGAGCCAGUCCAGUAUUGACAUGGCUUAACGGCCAGACUGUGACUGUGAUGACAUUUAAGGAAAAUGAAGCUCAGCUCGAUGCUCUGAAAUAUUCUUCUUCGAGCCAGAGCCCCAAAACAGACGUACACUUCACCUUGCUGAGCGGGCCGUUCUUGGUGACCACAUCCAUGACCACCCCUCAAAUCCUUGAGACGUCUUAUUGUACAAGAAAGAUCGACCAUAACCACGAAGAUGAUCGCAUUGCUUUUGAGACCCAUUCUACGCCAGAAUCCACCAAUAUCGCAAGAGAACAGAGGGGGUAUCGAAAAGCUCCGGGGAAGGACGGCAUUAAGGGUAUGUCGUUCAUGGAAUUGCCAGGUCACCGCCUGGGGAUGGUUGGAAAUUGGAAAAGCUGUAAGUCAGUGGGAAUAACAAUUCUGGAAACCUACCUCGAGGGCUAUAUGGUCGCUCCGAUUGCGAUGCCCUACUUGCCGGGUGUAUCAUCCAUGUUUUUUUUAAAUGUUGGCGAUCAUGGAAUCAAGCUGUUUUGUGGCCUAGUCGCCGGACUGGUCUACGGCGGGAAGGGGAAGCCCCGUGGACCUAGAUCCGGUCGCGUUGAGUGA